AUGGAACCACCAGGGUGUGAGCAGAGGAUUGCAAAGGUCUCUGUAGCUGAGCUCCUGAGGUGUUUUGAGCAUCCUUUAAGUGAGGAGCAAGCCUGGGCUAUCUGCUUUCAGUGUUGCAGAAAAAUAGAGCAGUUGGCCCACAGCCUACCACUCCGUUCUGUGUAUGUAAAGGGUUCUGAGAGCAUCUUUAUCCAUGCUGAUGGUACUGCUUCCUUCCAGGUCUACCACAAGUCUGAUUUUGGCAGCAUUCAGCAGUCAGAGGACAAGCUGUUGGAGUACUUGGGAGGGGUGAUCUAUGAAGCCCUGGACUGGGGAAUCGACAGCCAAAUGGAGCAAGAACUGAGUGAUCCUUUGGAGCAACUGCUAUGCCUCAUGUUGAAACUGGAUGACAGGCCAACAGAACCUCCAGUCACCCUGCAGGAUGUUAUCAAGGCCUGUGAGGAGCACUUCUCCACGCCUUCUGAGGCUACCAGCUAUUAUGAAAUGACCUGUAAGAAUCUGUUUACUGACUAUAUGGAACUACAGAAGCUUGUGACCAUCAUCCAGACCUCCAAAGAAAGGCUGAGAAAAAUGGAUGUGGAAGAUUGGGUGCAAAGUCCCAUUCAAAAGAAGAAAACCCAUGGUGCAUCCCUGUUGCCCAGUGUCAUCUGUGAGCUGCAGGCUGGUGUGAGGCUGCGCAAGGCUGCAGAGCGACCACGGCGCUGCGUGUCUCCAAAGGAAUGUCAUCGCUCUCCCUAUGAGCUGCUUUUGGAUGACAUUCAGCACAAGAGGUACACCCUGCGGAAGGUGACCAUCAAGCAAAAACACAGGACCCCCAAAGCUGAUGUAGCUUCUCUCAAGCCUCACCAAAAGCUGAUGUUGAAGGUGAAGCUGGAACAGUGUGUGCCACAGGAGCCCAGGUGGCAUGAACAGCUCAUGGCAGAAGUAAAACAACCACUGAAGCCUUGGGCAGCAGCAGCAGAAGCACAGGAAAAGAGGAGCAGGUCCAAAGAAAUGCUUGUGGCAUCAAAUACUGCCUUGAACUCUCAAAGUGACAAUUUCUUACAUCUCCAAGAUGCCACUACUGAGUUUGAAAUUGCCAACACUAAAAUGCAGCAGCUGGGAGCAGGAGCUCAGGAAACCACUCCCAAGCUGCCUGCCAGCACCUGCCUUUCUUCCACCAGGCCAUCAGGAGUAUCCAGGAGUAUCAGCACAGGUCUUGCUGCAAAUUGCACUCCUCCCAUGAGUUCACCCCUACCAGGAGACAUUAAGCCCAAGUGUUUCCUGAGCACUAGCCAAAGGCAGCUGCCUCCUUACAGAGGAAGGUCCAAAUCUUUAGAGAGAGGCCUUCAAAGGAAGGAACUUGGCUGUCCCUUUCCUACCAAGUGGCCAUCACCAACCAUUGCUGAGCUGCUUGGAACCAGAUGUGCAAUGAUGGUGCUUGAAGAGCGAGGCCUCUUCCGAGGAGGUGGUGAUGGUGUCUUGCCAAGAGCAAAGAUUUGUUUCAGCUGCCAUAAGCAGAUGUUUCUUAAGUGGCCUUACAAAUGUUACCUCUGCAGCAGGGUUGUCUGCUGUGACUGCUGCAUUAAGGCGAGUCUAGUCUUUACAACAGUGUAUGGGAUUUUUACAUUUUCUGCUUUCCCUCCUCCUCACCUAGUCAUAAGAAGCUUUCCUUCAUCCCACUGAUAGCUCAAAUCUACCCUCCAGUUUGUUUCUAAGAAAAUA